AUGGCAAUGCAGGGCAUCCGUAAGCUUAGCUACUACGAGCGUGCCAGCCUUGAGAAGUGGCUGCGGAAGGAGGACGUCGCCCUGAACCCCCGGUCCCGUCGCGACAAAUACUGCGAAGUGCGACCAGUGGCGGCCAUCCUCAAGAAGUGGCACCCCUCAAUAGAACUGCGCUGCUACACUUCGGCCAGCAGCUUCUCCCGUCGGCUGCAGAGCUGGAAGGUGUUUUCGUUUAGGGAACUAAAGAAACUGGGCCUGCGCCUGAAGACGGAGGAUCUGCAGCAGCUGGCCGAAGGAAGGCCAGGCGCAGUAGACUGGCUGCUAUUCAGACUGAUUAGCAAGAAGGAAGUGCGGCCGCCCAUCGCAAUAGAGUUCUUACAUUUAUUUCAUGGUAGUUCUUGA